AUGCAGGCACUUUUGAUUUUAGCUUUAAUCACCACAUGCUGUGGUGCUGGCACAAGGGUAAAUCGGGAGGUAAGAGAGCCGCAGCAGUUCGUUUUAGCUGCCACCUACCCUCCUCAGCGGAUCGUUGGAGAUACGAUUUCCAAUGAACGCUCGUUCAGAGCCAGAUCCCGCGUUUUCAGAAAUGUGCAAGUGCAGGUAGAUGAUGAACCUCGUCUCUACCGCGCAUCCGGAAGAUUCCAGAAAAGGGUUGUUGCUGCUGCCCCGAUCCAUGACAUAACUAAUGUGGCAGUGGCUAAAGAUUCUCCACCCGUAGCCCCUCCAGUAUCAUUCAAUUACGACGAGGGAAAUCACCAUCUAAACAAAAUGACCGAAGACAACUCGAUUAUGGAGGAGGCUGCUGAGUAUGCGAAAGGUUUGGAACGAACUACGGUAGCUGUACGAGGUGACCACGAUCUGGUCUAUACCACUGUGGCGCCAAAUGUUAGUCUACAAAAUGUACCCGCUAUCAUAAAGCCCAGAACAGAAGAAAAGAAGUUUAAACAACCACCACCGGCGUUCACUCAGCAACCAGCUCUCAUUAGGCCGCAGGCAAAUACGUUUACUAGUACAGUGGUAGCGCAGACGACAUCUGCGCUUCCCGGAUUCGGUGCAAAUAACAACAUACCCACACCACCGAACAAUUUGCAAGGCCCAUACCAACAGAAUACUCUAGCACAAGUGUCCGUCGCUCCAAUGAUUCCUCUUUCCCUGCCACCUCCAUCGAAUCCACAAGUUCUUCCCGGAUUGGUCCCACCUCAACUGCCACCUCCACUUCAACAAGGGAUUCCUCAAGUACCUGGUGCUCCACCUAUCCCAGGCCCACUGAAUCCCCCCACUCCACCACUGGGCGCAAUCCCUCAGAUAACGCCAGGAGCGCAUUUCCCACAAGUUCACCCUGGGCAAGCGGCUUCUGUGCACGGACAACAUCUGUCGGGCGGACCUCCACCUACACCGCAGACACCAUCGCUGCCACCACAACAAUCGCUGCCUGGUCAGGUUCCGCAUACUCAGGUACCGCAGUUGACGCUACCCAAUCGAGCAGCUCCUCCUCCAGCAGCGUUCCCUGAACGUGUAGAGAUCAUCAAUGGCCAGGCAGCAAAUUCAUCGUUAGAGCAGUUGGGUUGCGGCUUCGACUGGCUGACCAACACUUGCAAGGAUGUAUUUGCAAUUGGAUGGUGCGGUCAAUGCCACGACUUCGGGAACAUCUUCGUUCAUGAUUGUAAAUGUGUUCGCCCACUGAUAGUGCUGCCACCGCGGCAGCAAACACGACCAGCUUUCUUUAAGCCGAGCCACCGUCGAGAACAGAAACGGUACGAAACGAAGUCUGUUGAUCGAAGCGUGGUGUUUAAUCGACGCAAUAGAACAGCCGUAGGCCAACGAACGAAGAAGUGA